CUGGACUGGGCGCCGGGUCGGAAUUUUCGUGCGGAAGAGGCUCUACCCUCUGGGCCCCGUCUGGGGGAAACACAGCCUCAAGACUCUUCCUGCUGAUGCAAUCUGCAGGAGAGCCAGCGAUCGCCGCUGCCAGGGCCAGUCUGCGAGGCGCCCGCCACGUGUGCCCGCCGCCCCUCCAGCCCCUUCCCCAGACUCGCGCCGCCCGGAACGUCCGGGACGCAGCGCCUUUGCCUCCGCUCACCUCGAGCUGCUCUCACGGCCGACCGAACAAUGAAGGGCGAACCUGGAAUUUAACCAGUCUGCCCGAAGCCGGCGGUGGAGGACAAAAACAGCCGCGACCUCCGGCAGGGCAGAAAGAGAAGGGCAGCCCUCGCAGGACGCUCUCCUUUGGGGCCCGUGCCUGGGUGUUUGAUCCUCCUUUUCCUGUUUGCUUGGGGACCGGACCGGAGCGGAGCAAAGGGUGUGAUGGACUGCAGUAAUGGAUGCUCCGCGGAAUGUCCCGGAGAAGCAGGAUCAAAAGAGGUGGUGGAGACUUUCAAGGCUAAAGAUCUAAUAAUCACACCAGCCACCGUUUUAAAGGAAAAACCAGACCCCAAUACUCUGGUUUUUGGAACGGUUUUUACGGAUCACAUGUUAACAGUGGAGUGGUCCUUGGAGUUUGGAUGGGAGAAACCACACAUCAAGCCUCUUCAAAACCUGUCAUUGCAUCCUGGUUCGUCGGCUUUCCACUAUGCAGUGGAAUUAUUUGAAGGAUUGAAGGCAUUUCGGGGAGUAGAUAAUAAAAUUCGUCUGUUUCGGCCAAACCUCAACAUGGAUAGAAUGUACCGGUCUGCUAUGAGGGCGACUUUGCCGGCAUUUGACAAGGAAGAGCUUUUAGAGUGUAUUCAGCAGCUUGUGAAAUUGGAUCAAGAAUGGGUCCCCUACUCAACAUCUGCAAGUCUGUAUAUUCGUCCUACAUUUAUUGGAACUGAGCCUUCUCUGGGAGUCAAGAAGCCUACUAAAGCCCUGCUGUUUGUAAUCUUGAGCCCAGUGGGACCUUAUUUUUCAAGUGGAAGUUUUAAUCCAGUGUCCCUAUGGGCCAAUCCGAAGUACAUAAGAGCCUGGAAAGGUGGGACCGGGGACUGCAAGAUGGGAGGGAAUUAUGGCUCAUCUCUCUUUGCCCAAUGUGAAGCAAUGGAUAACGCCUGCCAGCAGGUUCUGUGGCUCUAUGGAGAGGAUAAUCAGAUAACUGAAGUUGGAACCAUGAAUCUUUUUCUUUACUGGAUAAAUGAAGAUGGAGAGGAAGAACUGGCAACUCCUCCGCUAGAUGGCAUCAUUCUUCCAGGAGUGACGAGGCAGAGCAUCCUGGACCUGGCACACAAGUGGGGAGAAUUUAAGGUGUCAGAGAGGUACCUCACCAUGGACGACCUGACCACAGCCGUGGAGGAGAACCGCGUGAGGGAGAUGUUUGGUUCUGGUACCGCCUGUGUUGUUUGCCCAGUUUCGAAUAUACUGUACAAGGGUGAGACUAUACACAUCCCAACUAUGGAGAAUGGGCCUAAGCUUGCAAGCCGCAUCUUGGACAAAUUGACUGAUAUUCAGUACGGAAGAGAAGAGAGUGACUGGACAAUCACAGUAUCCUGAAUGGAAAAGAACAGGCUAUCAUUUGUGUGCUCUUGGGACAGACUGUUGCAUUUGAAUUAUGAGAAAUUUCUUUGGCUAUCUGUUUUUAGUUGUGCAUAAUGUAGUUUGUAUUAUCCGUGUUACCAGGGCGAUUGUUUCCUCAUGCCAGAGAAGAUGAAUUGCAAUCAUCCAGUGGUAGUUUAUAAACUUGCUCCUAGAAGCUUACCUUACCUUCUCUAGAAAGAUGAGAAUGGAAGCCAUCUAAGCGCAGAAUUUUCCUCCAUAACCUGAGUGCUUCCCUUGGUACUUCAAUCAGAUAAAAAAGUGUUUAUUCUUUAGCAUAAGUUACGUUCUGCUCCUCAACCAAGCGAGUGUUUUUUGUGUUUGAAAGCUGAUCUGAGUAACUUUCAUAGGUACCAUUUCCUGCGACACAUCUUCAUCCUCAGAAGGUUUUUUUUUUUUUUUUUAAAUCAAGACUUUGAGAAACUGGAUUUCCUCCCCUCAUAUUUCUUUCCAGGUCCCCUAAGUCCGUCUUAGGGAAAAUCUCUCCCUCCUUCCUGAUGUCACGGUCUGCGCCAGGCUCUCCUGGUGCAUCAGCAAGGCCCACCCCUGCCCUUUCCAUAUUGUGUUGUAAUCAGCGGUCAGGCUUCACUACAAGACUGAGGGUCUUGUGCCUUAUAGAUCUUUGUAUCCCCCUCCUGGCACAUAACAAGGAAUGAAUGAACGAACAUGUACCUUCUAUAGAAGUGUACCUUCUUUGUUUCUAUAUUGUGAAAUCUCUUUAUUAGAAUUUGUGAUUGAUUCUGACUUUGUAUUUACCUCAUAUUGUCUUUAUUUUCCAUGGACUGCUAAGUCAUUAGAGAUGCUCAGAGUCAUAGUUUGUUGGAGGAAUGAUUUCUUAUUUGAAGACUGUCUUGGAAUUAAAGUAAUAGCUCUAGAGAGAUCGUGAUACCAUAUCAACCAAAUGGAAAUGAUAUAUGUUAUGUGUUAAACACAUAAAUGUUGUGUUAAAUACAAAAUAAAUCAUAUUUAGUUUUUUGAUAGAAAGCAAA